AUGCCGCCACGUGUAGGAGAUAGAGGAAAAGGUCCCAUGAGAGGGGGACCUUCCAGUCAAGCAGGACCCUCUCAUCGACGUACGCCUUCAGCUUCGUUCAGCUCCAAUUCACAUGACGAUUGGAGGCAUUCUCUUGAGCCAGCGAGACGAUCCGUUUCGCUUAGCACCUCACCUUCUUACCAUCACUCUUUCGGGCCACCACAACCAGACGAGCCCCAACAUUCGCAGCACUCGCUGCACUCACACCAUCCCCAUCAUUCUUCUCACCACUCAUCACAUCAUUCUGCUUCCCAUCAUUCCUACUCACAGGGUUACUUUAACCCUGAUGAUUAUAUCAAUGCACCAGCGGGAUUUAACCCGUUGGGCCCUGAAGACCACUUCUCACAAGACAUGGAUAUAGAUGAUGAUCCGAAUCCAAAAAUGCCACCUUCUGGGACGCCUAAGCACCCCAUAGAUAUUUCUAGCGUUUCUUCCUUUGCGGGAUCUCCUUAUCGAGGUCCCGAUAAUUAUUCAGAGUGGUUUAGGCAGUGGAAAUUUGCAAACACCCCUUCAUACCACAACACCCCACCACAACCACCAUUAGAGGAGCCGCACUUUAAAGCGGUGACUCCACCACCACUACCAGUUGAGGAACCACCUCAGCCACCUCCUGAGCCACCAAGGCGGAGGAGAAAUGCACGCAUGUCCGUGCGAGGGGACCAAGAUUUAGCUCCCCUAAAGCUUCUAGCAACUACCCUCCGAUUCUUGAAGAUCCACAAAUGGGUGGACCUUCACAUACUCAUUCAAAUCAUGGUUGGCUCCGAUGAAGCUCAUAGUCACCCAGUUGAUGGGAAUAAUGAUACAAGGCUAAAUGUUAUAGGCGCCGAACUUCAAGCCAUGAUAAACACAGCAGUCACUAAAGCUGUGAACGAGGUAUUUAAAGAGUUAAGUGAGGCUAGAUCGAAAACCCAUUCUAAGUCCCUAUCAAAACCGCAUACGUCGAAAAAGGAUGAAUCUCAACAUUCAUCUGAUCAGAAAAGUGAAUCCCAAAAAGAUUUCACUGGGGAAAAAGAAGCCAUUGAUUGUAAGAAAUGGUUGGAUGAGAUGGAGACAGUUGUUGAUAUCAGAGGGUGUGCCAAGGAGGACAUUGUGAAGUUUAUGUCUCAGUCCUUUAAAGGCGACGCCCUGACAUGGUGGAAAGCUCCAGUGCAAUCCACAGGAAAAAUUCCUUUGUAUAACCUCUCUUAG